GCUAGCAAGCUAACAGGUAGCCGGUAGAUGUUUUCCUGUUCAGGUCUUGCCGUAGCUUGUCUUUACCGUGUUAAAUUUAUACCGUCUCUGCAGCAGGCUAGAUCUGUCACUUUAAAGGCUGUAACGUUACCCAACCUUGUGCUGGUGCUCAGCUGCCGGUACAGAGCCCCUCUGCCCGGUGUCGCCCUGCACAGAAGGCACUACUCCAGAAACAGACAAAUGCCCAAAAAGGUGAAAGAACAGCUGGCAGGUUGUGGAGGAGCGGCCGUAGCAGAAGCCUGUGGUCCAGUAACCAAAGACAAAAGUGGUGCUGUAACCAUAAGAGUUCAUGCAAAGCCCGGCUCCAAACACAGCAGCAUCACAGAAGUUUCUACAGAGGCAGUAAGUGUUGCCAUCUCAGCACCACCUACAGAUGGAGAGGCCAAUGCUGAGCUUAUUCGCUACCUGGCUGAGGUUCUGGGCCUGAAGAAAAGUCACGUGUGUCUGGACAAGGGGUCCAGGUCCAGAGACAAAGUCAUCAAAGUGGACUCUUCUCUCAGUCCAGAGGAGGUGUUGAGGAAGCUCAGACAGGCUGUAGGCUGACAAGAGGGAUGUCAGUUUCCAGCAGUCAUCCAAACUUACCUGGAUCUGUGUUUAAAGUAAUUGUCCCUACAACUAAUAAACUAAUAGCUGGUUGUGC